CCCUCAUCUAUAUCAACGCGCCGUCUGCCCUUUCUCGUCAUCCUUUUUCUUCGUUUCUUGCCUCGCCCCCUCCAUCUUCCCCGCCCAUACGUUCUUUACCGUCGCGUCCAUCAUCUUUCAUCUUUCCUCGUUCUUUUCACACCCUUUUCUGCUUGGGAAUCACACUCCAAAAAAUGGCCGACCAAAAUCCAUGGCAGAGCAAUUCUUACGCCACUAAUCCGCGCCCGCCCUCUACGGAGCCAUCCGCCCCAGCCUCCUCAUAUCUUCCACAAGACUUAUUUCUCGCCCAUCCACCAUCUCAACCGCAGCAGCAAACGCACAUCAUAACGCUGCACCCCACCACACCGUCCGACGACGACGCACCACCCUCUUAUGAGGCCAUUGCAAAGGAUAUCCCGCAGCUCCAUGACAACUAUGAUCAUCUGAGGGGCCCACCCGGCCAGCGUGAUCGGGAUAUCAAGGAAAGGAUCCCUCCAGAAUCACUAUCCUCCACGUACUAUCAAUCAAGCAACAAUGCCGCUGGCAGCAGUAGCUCUGCCGGCCCCUCGGCCCCUCCUCAUUCUUCGGCAAACGACGCCUGCUACGGUGGUACCUCUGCUAGCCAUGGCAUCGUCCAUUCCCCAACCAUCGCCAGCGCCCCAGAACUCGGUCUCAGAGGCCAUAUUGCUCUUAGCCCCGAUAAUGAUGGCGAAUACGCACAAGAUGUGGAUCGGCUUCUGGAUACUGACUGCCAAGACGAUGAUUCAUCCAUCAAUGAAGACGACCCAUCCAACAAAUCCUGCUGGACCAUUGCUGGUGACAGCAAGGCCUGGACUUCUCUUGGUUACCAGAUCGUGUUGCUCCUUCCUUGGACACUGUUCUGCUAUUGCUGGACUCUCUGUGUUGUCAUCUUCUCCUUGGUGGCGAUGAUCAUUCCCCCACUCGGUUACGUUUGCACGAUUUUUUCGGUUACCUCGUGGCGUGCACUCGCCAGGGUGGACUUGGCCCUCUCUGAGGCACUAGUCUCGCAUGAGAUGCGACAACGCUAUCCGUAUAUCCCUGCUAAAGUCUAUAUCGCUGCAGAGCCGGGUCCAGCCUGGAAGGCGCCGCGGUUGUUUGGAUACGAGCUGCCUCUCCCAGAAUUCGUCCGACGCAAGUUGCAGAACCGUCAUGUGUCGCGCAGUCGACGACCCAAGAACCUGUGGCAUCGCAGUGCGAAGCACAUGAGGGCCACAUGGGACCGGCAUAGCGUGGCCAGCAUGUUUUAUUUUCUAGUGUGGAAGAUGAUGUAUGCGAUUCCAAUCUUUAUCGUUAUCAUCGUAUUAUUUUCGAUGUCGAUACCGCUCAUGGUCUGCUUCCUGCCUUCGCUGUUGGUGGUGUCGAGGACCUUCGCCAACUGGCAGUACCGCUGGGCGGUUUGCUGGCUUAGUGAGAAGCCGGCGCCCAUUGUCGUUUGAGAAGCCAUUUGAUGUUAAACUGUUAUGACUAUAUACCUUACCUAUGCACGCCCAACCACGCUCCUGUAAAUAAAGUUAAUUGCCCCGAAAGAACAGAAUGGUCGUUCUUUGAAAC